AUGGACGCCGCGGAGCGCCGCGUGAUGCUCAAGGGUAACGAUCUCAUCCAGGAGGGGAGACCACACGAGGAAGUGUUCCUCAUCGUCGAGGGUCAGGCCGAGGUAAGGUCGGAAGGCGUGGCGGUGUCCCACUUGCAGUCGGGGGGAUUCGUCGGGUCGAUGGCCUUCAACCGCUUCAUCAAGAAGACGACCGCCAACCCUCACUCGGACCGCGAGGGCCACUACGUCUACAACGACGGAGGCAUGUUCCGGAAGGCUUGGCAGGCCAUCCUGGCGCAGCUGCGGAAGCAGGGCUCCGUUGUCGGCGAGGUGACGCAGUCGAUCGUGGGAGACCAGAAGAGCAAGCGGCAGGAGAAGUCGGCGCUGGAGCGGUCCACCACCACCGUAACCGCUUCUUCCGACGUGGUGGUGUACGUCUGGGACCAGCACGCUCUGCGAGAGUUCAUCAAGCGCCGGCCCAUGAUCGGUGCGUGUCUCCAGAAGGCGAUAUCGGUUGACCUGGUGAACAAGGUGGUGCAGUCGCGGGAUCACAAGGAGCACUACCGGCAGCUGCUCGCCGAGACGUUGGACGGAGGACGGGUCACCUCCACGGAGAGGAAGAACUUGCAGAGGUACCGCGAGGGUCACGGCAUCUCGAUGGCGGAGCACUUUGAGAGACUCAAGGAAAACAACUGGACUCACAAGGAGUUCCAAGCAGGAUUUAGAGAAGGCGUCGCCCCCAAGGACCUUUCGGAGAAUUUCCUCAAGUACGAGGCGUUGCUGCGGAAAGAGCUGGCAAAGGGAGAGCUCAACCCGGAGGCGAAGUCGAACCUGAGAAAGUUCCGAUCGCAGAAGGGCAUCGAUGCCCAAGAGCACCUCAUCGCCGUCGAAAAGCAGGGUUGGACGGCGGACGAGUACGAGGCCGGGAAGGGCAACAACUGGGGCGACCGUUACGACGUGGGCGGCACCGCCGUGCCUGACCUUAUCCCGUACGACUCCGAAGAGAUGGCGGACUUUGUGGAGGAGGCCAGCAUCGCCGAGAAGGAGCGGUAUCGCUUCCUCCUCCUGGCCGCCCUCGGGGGAGGGGUGAUCCAGAAGGCGGAGAAGGAGAAGCUGGAGCUGUACCGCGAGAUGCACGCCAUCCCGGACGAGGAGCACAACCGGCUGCUGUUCGAGCAGGGCUGGAAGCCGGAGGAGUACGACGCGGGCUUCCACAAAGACAUCGCAUCGUCGCACUUCCAGCGGUACGCCUCGCUCGUCAAGCGCGAGCUCGACAAGGGGAAGGUUACUGGCAAGGCAAAGUCUAACCUCAGGCAAUUCCGGACCCAGGGCAGCAUCUCCUCCCAGGCUCACCUCUUGGCCGUCGAAAAGGAGGGCUGGACGGCUGACGAGUACGAGGCUGGUGCCAAGGCAAGGGGUGACAAGACCAAGCCUGAGAGCUGA